AUGAUUGAGAGGUCAUGGAGCGUUGUCAGCGUGGUCCGAGACGCCCGGCAGAGCACCCGCAUCCGGGCCUUGGGCAACGGACAAAAGGGAACUGUGGAGGUCAUAGCGUACGACUUGAGUGACGUGAAGAGCGUGCACGAUGCCCAGAGUCUCCUGGUUCGCGCAAAGCCGAGCGUCGUCGUCUUCGCCGCAGCAGAAAAGUCGUCGUACCCUGACACGUGGCAGGCCAAACUCGAAGCCGACGAGUAUCUGGUUGCCCUUGCGGAGGCGCGAGCUCGUCGAGGCGGCCCGCCAUUCCAGGCCAUCAGCCUACGACCUACAUGGCUCACAAAUGCUCGAGGCACCCGCCACGUGCAGCUGGGGAAAGCGGGCUGCGUAGGACAAGUCACGAGGGAGGAUGUCGCUGCUGUGGCCGUCAGUCUGCUCUCCAGAGACGACACGCGCGGCUGGUUCGAUCUGUUCCAGGGACCUGACGAGAUCGAAAAAGCUGUGGAUAAGGUUGUGAGAGACGGUAUCAACUGUGUCGACGGCGAGGAUCUGGACCGUAUCUACCAGCUGGCAUCGACGGACGAGGUCUAG